AUGAAGUUCACGAUUGCUGCUGCCCUCAGCCUCGCUGCCGUUGCUCAUGCCCAGCCUGUUGACAACACUAUUGAUACUCGUCUUGUUCAUAUCAAACUCGGCGGCAAGGGCGAGAAAAACCCCUUCUCCUUCACCUCUACCUAUUCCCUCCACGCCACCCCUGAGGAGGUCGUAGACAGCAACAAUGCCUUGACUGGAGGUCUCGCGGGUGCGAGCGGUGUCUACAAGUUCGGCAUCAACUCACACGACAACAUCAUCUGCUACAACAUCACCCUGAGCGGCUUCCAGGGCGAGUAUCAGUCCCCUGCUGUUAGCGCCACCCAUAUCCACGAAGCUCCAAGGGGCAGAGCCGGACCCCCUCGCAUCGCCUUCCCCAAUCCAGUCGAGAUCGGCCCGAGCCUGCGAUCCUCCAUUGGCUGCAUCCGUGGCCCCUUCACGACCGGUGUUCUCGCCAACGGCAAAGACACCGGCGAGGGCUUUCACGUUAGGCAGAUUGAGGAGAAUCCGGCUGGCUUCUUCGCUGAUGUUCACUCCAGCUUGGCCGUUCCCGGUGCUGUCCGUGGACAGCUUGAAAAGAAUUGUUAA